UCUCCGCCCGCCAGAAUCGCUCAAACUCAGCUCGCCUCAAUCCUCAGUCUCCGCCCGCUCCUCUUCAGAGCGCGAUCUGUACCGUCGGAUGCGCAGAAGACACCAGGAAGACCUCGCCCUCCUCUACAGCCAUUCCUCCUCCAAACCGCUCGCCGGGCCCGACCUCCUGCUCCCUAAACCGUCGCCCAUCGAUGCCGCCCUCUUCGGGAUGCUUAAUGACGCCCAACGUAGGGCGCUGCGGAUCCGCUCCGAUAUCCUCGCUCAGAAUUUGAAAACUCAUCUCGAAUCUUUCGCCUAUGAGAUGAUCCAAUCUAAUGUGCUUCAUCAACACCAACACCACCAUCACCAACAACCACAUCAUCAUCCACAACAACCACAUCAUCAUCAUCAUCAUCAUCAUCAACAUCAACAACAACACCAGCACCAGCAACAACACCAACAACAACUUUAUAACUUCGGCGUAGGCGCUUAUUGAAUCACUGCACUUCUCUUUCUUUCUCCAUCUCUUAAUAUCCAAAAGGACACAAAAUAACAUCCAAAAAAGGUUUAUCCUCAUUUUUACUCCACACAUACAAAAAAACAUCCUUUUUUUGACAUUUUUGUUGGACACUCAUCAUCUAUAUUGCUUAGUCUUUGUUCUCUUUUUUUUUUUUUUUUGAGCUGAUCCAUUUUUUUU